CGCUCGGGAGCCAUGUAACCCUGCGGCGGGCUCCGGGCUGCUCCGUCCUUCCCCAGCUCCCGGGCUAGCGCGGCAGCGGGGCCACGAUGAAGAAGCAGUUCAAUCGCAUGCGCCAGCUGGCCAACCAGACGGUGGGCAGGGCUGAAAAGACGGAAGUUUUGAGUGAAGACCUUCUUCAGGUGGAGAAGCGUCUGGAGCUGGUGAAACAGGUGUCCCACAGCACGCACAAGAAGCUCACCGCAUGUCUGCAGGGCCAGCAAGGGGCAGAGGCUGACAAGCGCUCCAAAAAGUUGCCUUUGACAACACUGGCUCAGUGUCUGAUGGAGGGGUCAGCUAUCCUGGGAGAUGACACACUUCUUGGGAAGAUGCUGAAACUCUGUGGAGAGACAGAGGACAAGCUGGCUCAGGAGCUGAUACAUUUUGAGUUGCAAGUAGAGAGAGACGUGAUUGAGCCCCUGUUUUUGCUGGCGGAGGUGGAAAUCCCAAAUAUUCAAAAGCAGAGGAAACACUUAGCCAAGUUGGUGCUGGACAUGGAUUCCUCACGAACCAGGUGGCAGCAGACUUCCAAGUCUUCAGGUUUGUCCAGCAGCUUACAGCCUGCGGGUGCCAAGGCUGAUGCCCUCAGGGAAGAAAUGGAAGAGGCUGCCAACAGAGUGGAGAUUUGCAGGGACCAGCUCUCAGCUGACAUGUACAGUUUUGUGGCCAAAGAAAUUGACUAUGCAAACUACUUUCAAACGCUAAUAGAAGUGCAAGCUGAAUACCAUAGGAAGUCCCUGACACUAUUGCAGGCUGUGUUGCCUCAGAUCAAAGCACAACAGGAGGCCUGGGUGGAGAAGCCUUCCUUUGGGAAGCCGCUGGAGGAGCACCUCACCAUCAGCGGCCGGGAGAUCGCCUUCCCCAUCGAGGCGUGCGUGACCAUGCUGCUCGAGUGUGGGAUGCAGGAGGAGGGACUCUUCCGAGUAGCCCCCUCUGCCUCCAAGCUGAAGAAGCUGAAAGCCGCCCUUGACUGCUGCGUGGUGGAUGUGCAGGAGUACUCGGCAGACCCCCACGCAAUUGCAGGAGCUUUGAAAUCUUACCUCCGAGAGUUGCCAGAACCUCUUAUGACCUUUGAACUCUAUGAUGAGUGGAUCCAGGCUUCCAAUAUCCAGGAGCAAGACAAGAAGCUUCAGGCUCUAUGGAAUGCUUGCGAAAAGUUGCCCAAGGCCAAUCACAACAACAUCCGAUACUUGAUCAAAUUUUUAUCCAAGCUGUCAGAAUAUCAAGAUGUAAACAAGAUGACUCCCAGUAACAUGGCAAUUGUUUUAGGACCCAACCUCCUAUGGCCACAAGCAGAAGGGAACAUUACAGAGAUGAUGACCACAGUGUCGCUGCAAAUUGUUGGGAUCAUUGAACCUAUCAUCCAGCAUGCAGACUGGUUCUUCCCUGGGGAGAUAGAGUUCAACAUUACUGGCAAUUAUGGGAGUCCAGUACACGUGAACCAUAAUGCCAACUACAGCUCAAUGCCCUCCCCAGACAUGGACCCUGCUGACCGGCGCCAGCCCGAGCAGGCCCGCCGGCCCCUCAGCGUCGCCACGGAUAAUAUGAUGCUGGAGUUUUACAAAAAGGAUGGCCUUAGGAAAAUCCAAAGCAUGGGCGUGAGGGUCAUGGACACAAACUGGGUGGCUCGAAGAGGCUCCUCGGCCGGUCGGAAAGUGUCCUGCGCCCCGCCCUCCAUGCAGCCUCCCGCCCCGCCCGCCGAGCUGGCUGCGCCCCUGCCUUCGCCGCUGCCGGAGCAGCCCCUGGACAGCCCCGCGGCCCCCGCGCUCUCUCCAUCCGGCCUGGGCCUCCAGCCUGGGCCCGAGCGCACCAGCACAACAAAAAGCAAGGAACUUUCUCCAGGGUCUGCACAGAAAGGAAGUCCAGGCUCCAGCCAGGGCACAGCCUGUGCAGGGACUCAACCAGGGGCUCAACCAGGAGCUCAGCCGGGCGCCAGCCCCAGCCCCAGCCAGCCGCCUGCAGACCAGAGUCCUCACACCCUCCGGAAAGUUUCAAGGAAGCUGGCACCGAUUCCACCCAAGGUCCCCUUUGGCCAGCCGGGGGCUGUGGCAGACCAGUCCGCUGGCCAGCCGUCCCCAGUCAGCCUGUCUCCCACCCCGCCCAGCACCCCGUCACCCUAUGGACUGAGCUACCCUCAGGGGUACUCCUUGGCCUCGGGCCAGCUCUCCCCAGCUGCAGCUCCUCCCCUGGCCUGUCCUUCUGUCUUUACAAGCACUUUGAGCAAAUCGCGGCCCACUCCUAAGCCGCGACAGAGACCUACUCUGCCGCCUCCUCAGCCUCCCACAGUAAACCUCUCGGCCUCCAGUCCACAGUCCACGGAGCCCCCCAUGCUAGAUGGCAUGUCCCCUGGGGAAAGCAUGUCUACAGAUCUUGUCCACUUUGAUAUUCCCUCGAUCCACAUAGAGCUCGGGUCGACGCUCCGCCUGAGUCCCCUGGAGCACAUGCGGCGACACUCAGUGACUGACAAGAGGGACUCGGAGGAGGAAUCUGAGAGCACCGCCCUCUGACAUGGCACCACCCAUCCUGCCUCGCGUGUACAUACAUCACGGGCCCUAGGAACGCCGCCAGGAGCAGCGUCCGUGAGCUUGCCAAGUGUUCUCUGCUGGCUCUUUCCUGCCACUGCCAACGUGAGGCUGGAAUUUGGCAGAAAAUUGUGAUCUCCAGUCCGUGUGGUGAUGCUGGUGGUGCAGGUUUUGUUUGUUCCUUUCGGGUGGUGACUUCGGCCUUUUGUUUGACCUUUGCCUUUUGACUUUGUGCCUCUUUUGAUCCACUUUCAGCCUCCAUGCCAAGCAACACCCACCUCUCCAUCCAAGGCUGGUCAGGAACGUCCUUUGCAGGGUCGGGGUGGUGCAGGAGAGGCUCACUUUGCCUGGUUAGACCCGAGGGCUGCUACCUUUUCCUUGGACGGCUCAUGUCAGGUCUUGCAGGAUCAGUUUAAUGGCCACAGAAAGGAAGCAGGACAGCAGGGCCCCUCUCACCCACAACUGGACCAGGUCUGGGAUUCUAGCAGUCCUGGGGCACUGACCUUUGCCAGCUACUCGGGGGAGGGCUUGCCACUGGAAAACCUUUCAGGCCGCCCCCAUCAGUGGGCUCCAAAGUAAAUGGCUGGAAACAAAAAUGUUUCACUUCCUAACAAACAGUUUUCCUUUUUCCACUGUGUGACUGAAAGCUCCUAGAUCAUUUUAUAUUUCUGAAUCUAUAAAACAAGCCUGACAGUGUCUGGAGGGCCCAAAGGUGGCCUCCAUGUCCCCAAAUAUAUUGGCUAUAUGAGAAUAAUUUUACCCCUCUAGGUACCUAAAGGCACCCAGCUCACUAGUCUGUGGGGUCCUGGAGCCUGUCUCUUCUUUCUGGAGGUUCAAACUGAAUAGCAAUAAUUAUGUUACCCAAAGCAUGUGGAGGAAAAGUGAAACCAGCCACGGAGACACCGGCCCACGGGCUCGGCCUGCAGUGUGGCCUGCUUUGCUCACCAGCGUCAGCCGCUCAUCCCUUCUCAUGAAGUCCCAUCUGGUCAUGGGGACGAGGGCCGGGAGGGCACCGGGUAGCCUCUUCACACUUGGGGAUUAGGGGAGUGAGAAAAGAUUUGGGCCAUGCAUGCAAAGUCAAAGUUUAAAAUUUUAUCCUUUUAAAAUAGAUAUAAUAUACCUAUACAUGAUAUAAUAUUUGUAUAUAUGAAAUCUCUCUAUAUUUGUUUAAUUUGAGCCAUUCAAUCUAAACCAAUGUACAGGUGUACAAUGAAAAAUUUAAAUGCUUAGUUAUUUUUCCCAACACAGUGUAAAGUCACCCUCCUCUGAGAGUGGGAUGUGCAGACUUUUGAUGUUACAGCUUUGCUCACGUCCUGGCAAGGGCAGUUCAUGCCUCAAUUUGUAAUGGGAGUCUGGGGUAAGGGUGGGGGUUGAAAGUUGUUAUCUUUAAAUACAUGUACAAAUCGUUGUCAAAAGUAAUGUUAUUAAACUAGAUUUAUUAUCCCUGA